AUGGCAAAGGGCGCUAUCGCUUCUCAUGCUCGAGAUGCGGCAGGCGAAGCUGGAGCCCGACGAAGCUACAACGCCGGUAUCAGCGCGUGCGGGAAGGGCGAGCAGUGGCACCGGGGUCUGGCGCUGCUCAGCGAGAUGUGGGAGACGAAGCUGGAGCCCAACGUCAUCAUUACAAUGCUGGGAUCAGCGCUUGUGAGAAGGGCGAGCAGUGGCGACGAGCUCUGGCGCUGCUGCGCAAGAUGUCGGAGGCGACGCUGGAACUCGACGUCAUCAGCUACAGCGCUGGGAUCAGCGCGUGUGGUAAAGACCAGCAGUGGCAAUGGGCGCUAUCGCUCGUCAGCGAGUUGGUUGAAGCGAACGUUGAGGCUAGCGUCAUCAGCUGCAACGCUGGGCUCAACGCUUGCGCGAAGGGCGAGCAGUGGCAGCGGGCGCUGGAGCUGCUCAGCGAGAUGCGGGAGGCACAGCUGGAGCCCGACGUCAUCAGCUACAGCGCUGGGCUACAGCUCUGGGGUCAGCGCGUGCGAGAAGGGUGAACAGUGGCAGCGGGCGCUGGCGCUGCUCAUCGAGAUGUUGGCGGCGAAGGUGGAGCCCAACGUCAUCAGCUACAACGCUGGAGUCAGCGCGUGCAAGCAGGGCAAGCAGUGGCAGCGGGCACUGGCGCUGCUCAGCGAGAUGCGGGAAUCGGAGCCGGAGCCUAACGUCAUCAGCUACAACGCUGGGAUCAGCGCGUGCGAGACAGGCGAGCAGUGGCAGCGGGCUCUGGCGCUGCUGAGCAAGCUGCGGGAGGCGAAGGUGGAGCCCGACGUCAUCUUCAGCUACAACGCUGGAAUCAGCGCGUGCGAGAAGUGCGAGCAGUGGCAGCGGGCCUUGGCGCUGCUGAGCGAGAUGUGGGAGGCCAAGCUGGAGCCAAACUCAGCUACAGCGCUGGGAUCAGCGCGUGCGAGAAGGGCAAGCAGUGGCAGCGGGCGCUGGCGCUGUUGA